UUUUUAUUUCAUAUUAUUUUUUAUCAUCAAAUAUGUUUUUGUUAUCAAAUAUUUCUUUGUCAUUUAACAUGUUAUCAUGUUAUUUUUUUGACUUUUCUGGAAGUAGGAUCUCAAAAAACAAAUAGUAUUAAUGGUGUUGUCUCCCAACCUACUUCUUAAUGCACUGCAUAUAUAUCCCGCUGCAGAGAAGGCCCUUUCAGCCUCUACGCUAGUUGGUUUCAGGGUCAUCAAAUAAUUAUAAAUCAAAGAUAAGUUUUCACCUCUGACUCCCUCAUUUUCAUAAACAGCCAUUUCCUUUUUUAAUAACUUAUCAUAAUCCUUCUCAGUACUAGUUUCUUUCUGUUUCAUGAAGUUUUCUUUCUUACGCUUUAGUUGGAUCUCCAAUUCUUGUUCCAAGGUGAAAUUUAGGGAAUACGGGUUAUCUGGAUCAUCGCUUUCCAUUUCCAUAAUCUCCUCUGCCAUUGCUGCUGGUUCCACUAUAUAUGUAUUUACGCAAUUCACUAAACUAACCAAGUUUGAUCCAAAUCGUUAGAGCCAUUUUUGUGGUAAAUAAUUCAAUUUUCAUUUAAGAUCAUGUAGCGUGUCAUAGACGCCCCCUGGCAUUUUUUUAGUCGCAAUAUCUCCGAAAUUUUUCAAAAAAUUUUUAAAAAUUCAAAUUCUCUAAUUUCUUCGAGCUGCGAAAAAUGAAAUAAAUAAUGUUUUUAUUGCGCACCGAGUUUAUUCAGGAAAAAAAGUCGAAAAAGUGCCGGUGUCUCGCAGCUGAAGCAGCGAUCCGUCACGUGAUUCAUUGACGUCACAACCGACCGUAAAUUAGAAUUAUGCACCAGGACUAGGAGAGGAUGUUACUUAUUUUAUUUAGCGCGAAGACACUUUAUUUAGCGAGAGCGAAAAGUCAACUGUCAAUUAGAUCAGCAGAGGUAAAAGGACAGGUGGUGCGGUGUAGAGAGGGAGUGUAGCACGUGCUGCACUGAAUGGCAAUGUCGCUCUCGCCGCCGAGCGAUAGCGCACUUAGCAAAGCGGCAACGCUGACAACGUAGACUUUUGCACCAUUAUUUAGAAAGUUAAUUGAGUAUUUGCGGAUCCAGCAGGCCGAAAAAUGCGCUGGAUCCAGCUGGAUUGCUGGAUGAGGGAUCCAGCAAUUGCAAUCCCUAAACAUAAUACCUUAUGCAAUUGUGUAGUAACUGGAAAAGCAUAAAUGUGCAUAGAUGUGUGGGCUUUUCUUAUGUAAAAUGUAGAUUAUUAUGACAUUUUGAAAAGUUAUAUUUGUGGGUUGCUGAGCAUUUUGCACUAAUUAAUAAUGUUACAUAAGGGUCCACUGUAUUUGAUGAAAAAUUGUUCAUUUAUAAAUUUUAUUUAAGUUUCUGUCCUUUUUUUUAUAGGAAUUAUUCAAUCACCUUUUUCAUCAUCCCGAUUCUAUACCUUCUAUAUAUCACAUUAAUCAAGCUGCAGUUACUUUAGGGGAUAUGAAAAAAAUUUUAAGUUUCAUAAAUUUCAAAAUGAGUGUGAAAUUCAAGAAAGAAGUUUUAAAUCAUCCAAAAUUUACCACAUUAUUGUCUUCUAUUAAUCAACAAUAUCAUGAUAUACCCAUUAAUAUUUUACCCUUUGUUCUAUUAGCAUUAAGAAGAAUUGGAAUAGGUAUUAAUGAAACAGUUAUGCAAAAUCUCUUGAAUGAAGCACAAAGAAAUUAUCACUUAUUCAGUCUUCAAGCCCUUUCAUGUUGUUCAGUUGCUAUAGAAAAUUUAGGACACAAAAAUGUAACUUUAAUGUCACUUCUUGUUAAUCAUCUUGCAGAUAUUUCUAAAAAUAUCACAACGGGAGAAGAAUUAAAAUGCAUUGCAAUUUCUAUUAUUCAUUUAAAGAAAUUGCUCUCAGAUUCAUUUAUUGAAGAAUUUGCUAAAAAAGUAGAAGAAAUAAUGAAAAUUGAAACAUUAUCAACUGGUGUUAUCAUAAAGUGUCUUUUAGCCCUCUCAAUAUCAACUAAUCAACAUAAAUACAUAAAUACAAUGCAACUGUUAGUAGACUUAUUGUGUGACAAAAUAUCAAUGAUGGAUAUUAGUCAAUUGUCCAUUAUGCCAAAACUGGUGAAAAAUGGGCACUGUAAUUUUGAUAAUUUGUCAAAAGUCAUUCGAGAUAGAGCAGUUCAAUUAUUACAAGAUGAUCUUUCUAUACACAAUCAAAUUUUGAUAUUAUAUUGCUUAUCAUUAUUUUGUAAAGUUGAAGAAAAGGAAAACAUUGAAAAAAGACUAUUUGACAUAUUUGAUUCAUUACCAUUAGAGGCAUAUAGUUCUAUCCUUGCAGACAGUGUUAUUAAUCUUUCUGUAACAAAUAAAAAUUAUUUAAACAAAUUAUGGGAGAAGUUUGCAGAUAAAAUUAAAUUAAUUAAAGAUCCAUUUAAAAUAUGCCAGUAUUAUUUAUUAUUUAGGUAUAAAGUUAUGAAUUAUCAACAUUAUAAAUUUGAAGAAAUAUAUUCUAAAUUUUGUAAACAUUAUUGUGAUAAUCCAGAAUGUUUAAAUACAAGGAAAUUUAGUGUUAGUACUGCAUUUCUAAUAUCUUGUAACGAAUUUAAAAUUUCUCAAACAGUGUUCAAUAAGUUGUUUGAGAUGAGUUCACAGUUCAGUGGACAUGAUAUAUUAAUGCUGUCAAUUGCCUUACAUCUAAAUUCAUAUGGAAAUAGAAAUUCAAUAAUAAUAGAUGAUCUUAAAGCAAAACUGAAUAGUGUGAUUAUAUCAAACUUGUCCAAUGUAACAUUCAAUAACUUGAAUAAGUUAAUUUCAGCUGAAAAACUCUUAUAUAGUGACUCAAACUUUUUAUAUACUAUUGCAAUUGAAGGAUGUAUGAAUAAAUAUAAUUUUUUUAAAAGUAAAUUUACUCCAAAAUUUGUUUCAUAUGUAUCGCAAAAUCUUGCUUAUAGUCGUUAUCUAUUAUCUGAUGUUAUCAAUGCUAUGGCCAAGUUAAUACUAAAAAGUGAUCAUUGUUUUAGCUUUAAAGCUUUUAGUAAUUUUAUGCAUUGUUGUUAUACUGUUGGAUAUUGUCCUGAAUUUGAAGACUUUUUAGAUAAAUCUAAUGAAUUAUUGCUGAAAUAUAGUGAAAAUGGAGAAAAUGGUCUUUUGAUAUUACAGUCUGCUACAGCUUUAGCUUUAUUUCAACAUUUGAAACAAGAACUGAUUCAUAAAAUUUUUAGUGUUUCAUUUAUGGAUAAAUUGGAUGUGGAAAUAUCAGCUGUUCAUAAAAUGACUCCUUUCAAAAAAGAAAUCCAUGAGGUACUCUGUUCUGUCUUAUCAGGAUCUGAAUAUAUUGAAGAUCAUAUUUAUACACCAUAUUAUUAUCGUUUAGAUUUUGAAUGCAAAUUGGAUAAAGAUAAAAAUCCACUUCCUUAUUCCAAACAAGAAAUAUUUAAACCUAAAGUGUAUAAUCAGCCAUUUUCAACAGCACAUCAAAGAAUUGCCUUUAAUUGCUUAGCUGAGGAGUCAUUCUGUGUUAAUAUGCCUCAGCUUUGUGGAAAUGAAAUUAUGAAACGUAGACACUUGGAAAUUCUGGGCUACAAAAUUGUUGAAAUACCAUAUUUUGAGUGGAAUUCAAUGAAACUAUCAAGCAAAACAGCUAAAAGUGACUAUCUUUAUAAAAAGAUUUUUCAUUCUUAGCAUUAUACUGUUGUAUAGAUUGAAUUAUUUUCUUUAAAAUAAAUUAUUUUAAUUAUAA